UGACUUCACACGGAGGCUGGAGGAAGACACCGCCGCUCCGCGCAGCUCUCUGACCGUCUCCUCUCCUUCUCUCAGCGGGCGUCACGCUGCACUAAAGCCGGAGGGAUGGAGCCAGCGGGCGCGUACGGCGCCGGGAAGGCCGGGAGCGUCGCCUUCGACCCGGUCGCCUUCUUCACGCAUCCCCGGACAAUCCUCAGACUGAUGUCGUGGGUUUUCUCCAUGGUGGUGUUCAGCUGCAUUGUGAACGAGGGCUACAUCAACAUCGGCAGCGAGCGUUUGCUCUGUGUCUUCAACAACAAUGCCGAUGCCUGUAACUAUGGUGUUACCGUGGGCGUGGCCUGUUUCCUCGGCAGCAUCUUUUUCAUGAUCCUGGACAUUUACUUCCCCUCUAUCAGCAGCAUCAAGGACAGAAGACGUGCUGUCCUGCUGGACCUCAUUUUCUCUGGUCUUGCCAGCUUCCUGUGGUUUGUUGGCUUUUGUUUUCUGGCCAAUCAGUGGCAGGCCACCUCUCCAGACGAGCUGCCAUUGGCCCAGGGCUCCGACGCCGCCAGAGCCACCAUCGCUUUCUGCUUCUUCUCCAUCCUGACCUGGGCUGUACUGACGCUGAGUGCACUGCGGCGCUUCUUAACCGGCAGCAACACGAACUUGUUCACAUGGCAACACCUGGAUCCUCCCCCCGGCAAUGCUCGAGCUACACCGUACCCCAUUGCCAACGGAGCUACCAUAGUAACCACCAACCCCUAUCAAGCGCCGCCCUUCACUGAAACGCUGGACCCCCAGAAACUCACACAGCAGAGACCCAUGGCUCCUGCCUUCUAGAGACAGACAGACAGACAGACAGAUGGACAGAGGUGUGAGUUGAGCGACACUGAAUACGACGCAGGCACGGACAACUUCCUGCCUUGCUGAUUGGUGGCUUUCCAUCCUCUCCUGGGAUUGGUGGGGUUUUGGGUCAUGUGAUGAUGUAUGAUCUAUUUUCACCAUGGCAACUGCUGGCUUAGUUAGUUGUUACUCUCUGUGUCAAGAAUACUGUCUUCUUUUGUUCAUGCUCACACACACAGAUAUUGAUGCACGCAAACACAGCUGUACUCACUCACACCUGGAUAUACGUUUUGCACCUGGAAAUACACACACACAUAUAUAAAUAUAUAUAUACACACCUGGAGACACAGACUCAAACACACACACCCUUACUGCAUGUUCAUUCAGUGAGGUGCAGAUUAACAUAGAUGUAGACCAGUGAUGAUGCUCCAUCUGCCUUAUUGAGGAAUACAAGGUCUUCAGUGAAGGAAAUAUGGAGGACAGGGAAGCUUUGUAGCUCCGUUUAUCUGCUUCUGUUUGCCCACAGUCAGUCUGACCAAUCACAAGCUGCCCUGCAGACAUGUGGCCUCCAAUUGGCUGAAAUUGAGACAAGCAGGCAGCUUGAUCAAUAGAUCGCAACAAAAUGAGUGUAGGUGGCAGAAAGUGGUACAUUUUCUUGGCAAGAAAAUAAAGGCAGGAUAGCUUAAUGCAUUCUGAAUGCUAUAGUGUUUCAGUGUGAAAUAUUCAUGUGAUUAAAUAUUUUAUUGUGAUAUGCUGAAGUGGUAAAAAGAAAUAUGAAAAAAAAAUAAAAUCUAUCCACCACCACUGUCA